UCGCCAAGUUGGUCCAAAGAGGUGUUCUGAAGGUUUCUUAUCCCAGUUACUAUAAUACAGGGCUGAAGAUUAGCGUUAGCAUAUCACAUAACAAAUGGAACAGGAGAACUUUGCUUGUCAAAUGGUACAGUGAGUAGAAGUUACGUUAAUUGUAACAAAAGAAGUUGCAUUUGUAGCUUUGGUAACUAUCUAGAGCGAAUCUAUAUAGAACUUGUAGAUGUAUUAGAGCGAAGCUAAAGAAGACCCACACAGACGAGCACUCGGUAUCGACCAGAUUUCCACUUUCACCCACCGAGAUUGACCAACCAGCUGAGAGCAUUGCAGAGUACAUACAUGCUCGUGAGAGAAAAUAUGAUGUGAAAGAAUGGGUAUGAGUUUGGUUAUAUCAAAACCAUGGUUCUUGAUGGGAUUGUAUCUUCACCAUUAAGGAGACACCAGUCUCUAAAGAAGCAGUGGGAAGAUUUGGGCAGCUGCUCCACCGUUAUCAACGGGCAUCGAUAUCUUUUAACAGCUUUGCUUCUUUUGGCCUUCCUUUGCACUGUUUAUCUAUACUUCGCUGUUACUUUAGGUUGUAGACACUCCUCGUGCUAUGGCUUGACCGGGAAAGACAAGGCAGUGUGUCAAUUUCAACAUGUCCAAGCUAUCUCUAAAGGGAAACUCAAAUUCUUCUAGAGUUGUCAUGGAGCCAAAGCUGAAACCCCACCUUAUUCUUAUUGAUCUCCAACAUUAAUUUUUAAAAAUUGAUUGUACAAUGCCAUUUGUGUGUAUUAUUAUUAUUAUUACAUGGUGAAAAAACCUGAGACAUAUCAUAAUUGAAAAGAUCAAAGCAUUUUCUUUUAUGAGA